AUGUCAGUGUUUAAGUUAUUGUUUGCGAACUCUAUACAAUAAUAUAAGAACAGAGACGUGAAUUAGUUCUCUCUUUUUUUCCAGAGUAUCUACGUGGACUAAAAAAAGCGAGGGAGCAGAAGUGGAGGACGGGGGAGAGGGGGCGGGGCGGGGGUAACGUUAGCUUAGAUUGUAACGUUAGCUUAACCGUUAUCAUCAUGUGCCCGCUGUCUGCUAUCUAUUGACACACCACGAAAGUGAGCAGGAAGCGGUUUGAAAAUAGCUUCAGUGGCGAUGCUAGCUCGACCACACGUCUUUCUCCGAGCCACGACCCCAACACCACCGCACGAAUAGCCUCACUCCAUGGGACGCAGGAAGAAAGUUUAGCUAGUACAGAAACUUAGCGUCCAUUCAUUCUACCGUUAUAACCGCUGACGAAUCUCCGCAACCUCAUGAAACGGAAAUGAUUUCGCUUAAACGUGUAGCCUCGGCUCUGCUGUUAUUAAUAACCGCCAUUCGAGUCGACUGCUCCUCGAAACUGAAUAUACCCAAAGUGUUGCUGCCGCUCGCCAGAGGUACAAAAAUUAACUUCACGCUCGAAACUACCGAAGGCUGCUACAGAUGGUCUUCCACCAGGCCAGAGGUAGCAAGCAUCCAGGCUGUGGAGGAAGAGCGCGACAGAGGCUGCUCCCGGAGAGCUGUUCUCCAGGCUCUCUCCACCCAUCCCUCCAGACUGACCAGCAUCAUUCUGGCCGAAGAUGUUGUUACAGGACAUGUACUGCGGUGUGACGCCAUUGUCGACAUCAUCAGUGAGAUCCAGAUUGUGUCGACCACCAGAGAGCUACAUCUUGAGGACUCACCGCUGGCACUCAAGAUUCAUGCACUGGACUCAGAAGGAAACACCUUCAGCACCCUCGCUGGUCUGGUGUUCGACUGGAGCUUAGUGAAAGACGUGGAUGUAAAUGGAUUCUCUGACUCUUACAAUUCAUUACGGGUACUUAAAUUCUCAGAGUCCACCUACACGCCCCCUGGAUACAUAUCUGAAAUGGAGCGUGUUGGGAAACAGGGCGACAUUAUUUUGGUGUCGGGACAAAAAACCGGACAUGCUAAGCUGAAGGCCAAAAUAGAAGAGCCAUUGUAUAAGGAUGUGGGGGCUGCAGAAGUGAGACUCUUGAUUCUAGAGAACAUCCUGCUGAGUCCUGCGUACGACGUCUACUUGCUGGCGGGAACUUCGAUCCGAUACAAAGUCCUGAAGAUACGACAGGGCACCAUCACAGAGCUCUCCAUGCCUUGUGAUCAGUACGAGCUGCACGUUCAGAACAGCGCGAUCGGCGCCAACGGAAACCCGGACGUCGCCGUGGCCCGUCUGGAUCAACGCAUCUCAACAGUGACAGCGAUUCAGCUCGGGCACAUCAACGUGGUGCUGGAUCACAAGAGCCUUCGGAUGCAAGGAGUGUCUCGCCUGCCCAACAGCACUCUGUAUGUGGUGGAAGCGGGCUACCUAGGUUUUAAAAUAUUCCCCGGGGACAGCUGGGUUCUCGAGAAAGGCAGAGUUUACGACGUCCUCAUCGAAGUUUUCGAUAAAUCCGGCAACAAGAUUUACGUUUCUGACAAUGUCCGCAUUGACACUGGUUUCCCGCUGGAGUACCUGGAGCAGCUGGAGUCGUCUCGGAAUGGAUCGUAUCACCGCGUGAAAGCCCUCAAAGAAGGCCUGACUCUGAUUGACGCCACCCUUACAGCUGUUGUGGAUGACGUUGGAAGGAUCCACGCACUCGCCUACCCAGUCCACAAUGAACAGGACGUGGAAAUCUAUAAUCCUAUAGUUCUCAAACCCAGUAUUCUGACGUUUCCAUGGCAGCCCAAAGUUGGAGCGUAUCAGUACACAAUACAGGCGACCGGCGGUAGUGGAAACUUCAGCUGGUCUUCGUCCAACACGGCUGUGGCCACAGUGACCGUGAAGGGAGUCAUGACAACCGUGAGUGACAUCGGCGUCAGCGUCGUUUACGCUCACGAUCUACGCAACUCACUCCACUUUGGCCAGAUGAAGGUGUAUGUUGUCGAGCCCGUGGCCAUGGACUUUGCCCCCUCCCCUGUGGAGGCCAUGGUGGGCCUGGUCCUGGAUCUGCCCCUCAGGAUUUUCGGCCACCUGGAGGAGGUGGGGACGGAGCGCGUCAUGUUGAGUGACUGCUCCCAGUUUGACCUGCAGGUCGAGGAGGAGAACCCCGGCGUCUUCCAGCUGCUCGACGGGAGGCUGGCUCCAGGCCAGGAGCACUGCAGUGGGGUGAGGGCCAAGGCCCUGGCCCCCGGCUACACCGUGCUGACCGUGAGCUACACCCACGGCAACAUUCAUCUCAGUGUCAAGAUCACCAUUGCUGCCUACCUUCCUCUCCGGGCAAUCGACCCGGUGUCCGUUGCCGUGGUGACUCUGGGGUCCUCUAAAGACAUGCUGUUUGAGGGCGGCCCACGGCCUUGGGUUUUAGAGCCCUCGAAGUUCUUCUGCAGCUUGAGAGCAGAGGAUGAGGACAGCGUGAGCCUCGCUCUGACCAGCCCUUCAUCUCACAACUACAACCAGCACUGGGUCAGAGCAACCUGCAGGGCCCUGGGAGAGCAGGUGCUGGAGGUGAUGGUGGGAAACAAGGCCAGUGUGACCAAUCCUUACCCCGCCGUGGAGCCGGCGGUGGUCCAGUUUGUGUGUGCCCCCCCGUCCCGCCUCACCGUUGUCCCGGUUUACUCCAGCCCACAGCUGGACCUGACCUGCCCGCUGCUGCAGCAGAACAAACAAGUGGUACCUGUCUCAAAUUACCGUAAUCCCGUAUUGGACCUGGCUGCUUUCGAUCAACAAGGAAGGAAGUUUGACAACUUCAGCUCUCUGAGCGUCCUGUGGGAAUCGAGCAGCGUGCCGCUGGCCAGCGUUGAGCCCUCUCUGCCUAUGGAGCUGCAGCUGUUUGAGGACGACAACAAACAGAUGAAGCUGCACGGGCGCCAAACGGUUCUCGUCCAUCAUCAAACGGGCAUCGCUGCCAUCACAGUGACCGCUGUGCGUUACCAGGUUUUACACCUCGUAGCAGCCAAAGUACCCGGCCCAUACGACAACUUGACCCCGGUCUCGGCCACUCUGGAGCUCCUGCUGGUCGAAGAUGUGAAGGUUUCUCCAAACGUAGUCACCAUAUACAACCACCCGGAUGUGCGGGCAAACUUGGCCCUGCGAGAAGGGUCAGGGCACUUUUUUGUCAAUGCCAGUGUUCGAGGGAUAGCGAAUGUGGUGUUCCAGGAAGCCCAAGCAACAGCUCAGGUCUCUCCUGUACACCCAGGGGAGGUGAAAGUGAUGGUUCAUGACCUUUGUCUGGCAUUCCCGGCACCUGCCAAGGCCACAGUGCACGUUUCGGACAUCCUGGAGGUUUACGUGAGAGUCGUUGACAAGGUGGAGAUUGGAAAGGCUGUAAAAGCUUAUGUCCGAGUCUUGGACGAUAACAGGAAGCCCUUCCCAGCCAGCUACUUCCGAUUCAUGAAUCUUAAACUUAAGGCGGCCUCUGGAAUCGUCUCUUUAAAAUCAUUAUCGGAGUCUGCUGAAAUAGAUACAGCUGUUUUUGUGGUGAAAGGUGCUUCUAUUGGUCAGACCACUCUAUCAGCUGUUGUAGUGGAUAGGAAUGGGAGAAAAAUUGCUUCUACACCUCAGCAAAUUGAGGUAUUUCCACCCUUCAAGCUCAUCCCAAAGAAAAUUACCCUGCUAAUUGGAGCAAUGAUGCAAAUCACAUCUGAAGGUGGCCCUCAGCCUCAGUCCAAUAUCCUUUUCUCUAUUUCCAACGAGGAAAUAGCUUCCGUUAAUGGCAUGGGCCACGUCAGGGGGGCCACCAUCGGUAAUGUCACUGUGACUGGACUGGUGCAGGCUGUUGAUGCCGAGAGUGGGAAACUAGUCGUCGUGUCUCAGGAUCAAGUGGAAGUCGAGGUUGUGCGAUUAACGGGCAUUCGGAUCAGAGCGCCCAUCACCAGAAUGAAGACAAAGGCUCAGAUGCCUGUAUAUGUGAUGGGUCUGACUAAUAGUCAAACGCCCUUCUCCUUUGGCAACGCCGUGCCCGGCCUCACCUUCACCUGGUCCACGACCAAGAGAGACAUCCUGGAUGUCCAGCCAAGACACAUUGAGGCUAACGUGGAACUUCAGUCAGAGCACAACUUUGGCAUGACUGUGACCGGCAGAACGAGGGGGCACACACGGCUGAAGGUGGUGCUCAAGGUCACCGACCCCGAUGCUUGGCAGCUGGUGGAGAAUCUUCAGGAGCUCACGGAUGAGAUCCAGAUCCAGGUCUAUGACAAGCUGCACAUGCUUAACCCCGAAGUCGAGGCUGGGGAGUUACUGAUGGCUCCGAACUCGGCCCUCAAACUCCAAACCAGCAGGGACGGUGCAGGCGCCCUCUCUUACCAGAUACUGGAAUGCCCGGACCAGGUUGUCACCGCUCAAGUGGACGAUAAGGGCUUCCUCUUCUCCGGCUCGCUUACUGGCAUCUCGUCUCUGCUGAUCACCUCGCAGGAGACCUUCGGUGUCAAUCAAACGCUCAUCCUCGCGUUGAAGGUGGUUCCUGUGUCCUACGUGCGCUUCAGUACCAGCCCAGCGCUGCACACACACACCAGGGACAGCCUGAAAGCCUUACCGCUGGGCAUAGUGCUCACCUUCACCGUGCACUUUCAUGCCAGCACGGGAGAAGCUCUGCACAGCUCCAACUCCCACCUCACGUUCUCCACAAACAGGGACGACCUGGUGCAGGUGGGGGCCGGGCCCGGUAACCACACCCUGACGGUGCGGACGGUCAACGUGGGCCUCACGCUGCUCGCCGUCUGGGACAGCGAGAACGUGGGCGUGGCUGACUACGUCCCGCUGCCCGUCGAGCACGCCAUCCACCCGGAGGACGCCCACAGACUGGUGGUGGGGGACGUGGUCUGCUUCACCGCCCAGCUGACCAGCCCCGACGGUGGUCAUGGAUCUUGGAGCUCCUCGUCCACUGGCGUUCUCCAGGUGGACCCCAGAAGUGGUGCCGCGGUGGCCAGAGACUCCGGGACCGUCACCGUGUACUAUGAGAUACCCGGUGUUUUGAAAACGUACAGAGAGGUGAUCGUGGACGCGGCGACGCGGACGGUGGCGGCUGCGCAGGCUGCCGCCGUCAGGAUGGGGAAGGAAACUAGAGUCCUGCUCUCGACCAGAGGGAAGGGAACCAACCUCAUCGGAACCUGCUCCUCUGCCCACACUGAAGCCAUUGCACGGCUGCAGCCGCAAACCUCUGUCAGCUGCCAUCUGAGCUUCACCGGUGAUGCCAUUGACUUCCCUGCUGCUGAUGUCUUCAAAACGCACACCAGCUUUGACUCCGGCGUUGGCUCGUACUCGUGCUCCGUGACCCUGCAGCCGAUGACGGACCAACAGACCCGCGUGCUCAGCGCGUCCGCCGCCGACCUGCUGGUGAGGGCGGGCCUGCAGGGCGCCGGCGUCUCCCCCGGGGAACAAGCGAGCGCCCGGCUGCCCAUAGAGCCGGGCCUCUACUCCGACCAGACCGAGCUGCUGCUCUCCAACCUCCACCCGUCGGCGGAGCUCACCGUGUACGGCCCCGCGGCCGCCCUGUCCCACACAGAGGUGGUGUCUGCUUCCGCCAACAUUGUUGUCCAAGAGAAGGAGGCACACCGGGGCUUCCCCAGCUUCUCAAAGUACACCAUCAGCGCCGUGGACCCUCAGACUGCCGUCUCCACCUCCGUCUCCAUCAGCUGCUCCUCCAGCGGCCAGAGCCUCGUCGUCCCGGUCGCUUUGAUCCAAGUGGCUGAACCCAACGCCGCCAAGCUGGCUGUUUCUCCUGUUGUCUACACUGAAGGAGGCCACUCCCUGCACAGCUUUAUUAACUCCUACCAGAUGAUGUUCUUCACCUUGUUCGCUCUGCUGGCUGCCACAGCCAUCGUCAUCAUCGUCCUCCACUCGGUGUUCAGCCCGAGGGAGCCGGCGUACCACCCGGCCUUCAUGCAGAGGACGCCACCCCCCGUCUUAGGUCUGAACUCGCCGAUGAUGAAUUCCUUCAACCGCACGGUGCCGAGGACGGACCCCAACAGCAGCCCCAGGUCGCGCCUCUACUCCCCCGACUACAAGUCCUGAUGGAGCUGUGCGGCCGGCCUCUGUUCUUCCCGAGCAGACCCCCCCAGGCCGCUCGCGCAUAUCCGACGUGCCUCUGGUCCAUCUGACUGCAAAACGUGCUCGCACCUCGAGGCACUCACAGGGCUGUUCCCUCGCCGCGUGUGGAAACUGAUUUAUAAAUGUGUGUUUUUGUUGUGGUCUUCCAUAGAAAUGGCUUUUAUAUGAGACUGACAUAUUUUGGUUUUUAUUUUCGGGGGGGGGGGGGGGGAAAGAACCACGAGUUUGUGCUUUAACCAACGUUGCUUUUUGUGUUUGUUUGCCCAUAACUUGUGUGCUACUUAAUGUCUGUGAUUUAAAGUUUGGUACCUCAGGAGGAACCUUGUCUAUGAAUGACCCAAAACAUUCACUUGAAAGUGUUUAUUUUUUAUCAGCAGAAAAGAUGCUCUGUUUUGUUGUAGCCGACACUUUUUGUGAAAUGAAACCGUCCUCCUCGAGUACGAGGAGCCCUUCAAAUGUGCACAAAGCUGACUGAGAAAAGGUUUGGGUUUUUUUCCGGGCAUUUUAUUACCGAACAUUACUGUUUAUUUUGAGCCACGACGCAUGCAGCUCCCGCAUGGUUCAUCAAUGUGAAACCUUUAGGGAACGUGAACCAUCUUUUAUUCCGGCAAAAGUAUUCAAAUGUGACCUGGUGUCUGAAAAUGUCUUUUUUUGUUUGUUUUUUUUACCUGAAUGCAGCUCCAGGAGGAGACUCGUGUUGCACUGUCCAACAGCAAAGACAUCCGUGUGAUAUUUUUGUAUUGAUAGUAUUUAUGUUAGCUAGUGGAACUCAGUUUUACUGUAUGACGAGUGUGUGUGAUGUGUUUUUCAUGCCUUUCGAUCCGAUCUGAGCAGCUUUCAGCACCACUCUGUCUGCUUGUGUGAAUACGCUCUUGCCUUUUGCUAAUUAAAGUUUCUUACUUAUCACGUUCA